AUGAAACGCAGCUGUCCUUCCGAAAUCGUCCUCUUUGAGGCAGAUCUACAGCCUCUUUCCGUGAGACGCCAGGCCACUUUAGUCAAAUACUUCAAUAAACUUUCUAGUAUAGAUCAUGGAAACAAAACUGCUCGCUACCUAAACAGUUGGAGAAACAAUAAAAGACUAAAGAGAAACAGCCCCUUUUCACUGAUAAAAACACAACAACUAAUUGCAUCAAAUGUGGAACCUCACUAUAUUCAUUGUAACAUAAAUACUUGUGCAGACCUCUCCAAUGUUGAGUUUUGUGAUGGUCUCCUUACCACCCUCAAUAAGAAAGAAUGUGUUCCUGAACUUAUUAGACAACUGGCCCUGGAAGUCAUCAAUAAAAUCUCUCCAAAUGAUAUUACAAUAUAUUCAGAUGGCAGCAAAAUGAAUAUUCAGGCAGGUAGUGGAACUUACAUUACAACUCUUCAAGAGAAGUUCUUCCUAAAGCAACGAAAUCCAGAUUUUUGUUCAGUUUUCCGAAGUGAAUUAAUUGCCAUUCACAUAGGUCUGGAGAAAAUUAUGUGCGAAAACAACUUCGGUGAUCUUUGGAUACUUUCUGACAGUAAAAGUUCAAUUCAACACCUCAGAAACUGGUCCCUCAUAGAAGACAAAACUAGCCUAUCAAUCCUACGUAAAGUAAAGCUCAUAGCCCUUCAGCAUAAGGUCCACUUUCAAUGGAUCCCUUCCCAUGUCGAUAUCUAUGGUAACGAGCUGGCCGAUACUCUUGCUAAAGAGAGUCUUGCCCAUCCAACACCUUUCACCUCGGAGCUCACCUAUCUAGAACUGUUCUCCCAGCAAAAAGCCAAUAAUAAAGAAAAAUGGUUAAUACCUCCAUCUCACAAUUGGUACAAAGGCAAAAGGCCAGGACAAACUCUUGCCCUUCCCUGUGAAAGGCAGACUAACACCCUUCUGUCUCGCCUCGCCAGUGGGCAUCUGAAAAGUCUCACUUUCUCUGGAAGCGCCAAGAGGUUCCCCAUCUGCCCUAAAUGCCAACAAGACCAGGCAUCACCACAGCAUAUCUUGAGCUGCCUGGGAUUGGACUGGAACGACAUAUUCGAUAGUCCACUGCUAGUGUCAGAUUUCAUAAGGGUCAACGGCUUCAUCGAUUUGGUCUGA